CGAGGAAGGGCUCAAGCCUCAGCCUGCGGGGCUGGCGCUCACAAGCUCUUCACACUGUUUGACUCUGAGCACAGUGCACACGGUUCAAGGAUCCCGGUUCACCAGCGCCGGCGGAGUGGCGCACCAAACUGGAAAAGGAAAAUGGCGGCUCUGAAAGGCGCUCUCUCUUUCAGCUUGCUGGCCCUGUCGCUGUCAGCAUUGGCUGCCGUAGCUGUUGGCCAAUCAUUUGACCCCCUCACGCCUCCAGGCAAUGUGUGCCCUGGCUCCUCCACCGAGUACCCCCCCCCCGGAAACAUCGUAGCCAACGGUUUUGACAACGGCGUCCCUGCUGGCUGGUUCUGUCCCUUCUGCAAGGAUCCUAAUCCUGGCCUAGUCAUCCAAAGCGAUGGCACUAGCACUUAUGCAGCAGCAACAGCUGACAACAGGGGAGGCAGUGAGGAUGCAGGUGUAGGAAUCCAGGUUGACAACCUCGUGCCAGGAUGGAGUCACCUCUUCUAUGCGUGGGUCCGCCUGACCGGUGCCGCCUCCCAGAAGAACUACGGAGUGAUUGUGCGCGGGCGCGCAGUCCUGAUCCAGGGCACGUUCGAGGGCGGCCCCUACUGCAUGGCGCCUGUGGCACAGAUCCAGAACGACUGCUGGACGCUCGUCAAGGGGGCGUUCACACCGCCAACCAACUCGGACCUCCUCCGCAUUUCAGCGGAGGACCGCGGCGCAAACAUCCACGUCCGUGGCGUUGCCGUCAUCCCUGUCGACCCCAACGCGCUGCGGGCCCAGCAGAACGCCCAGAUCGAUGCUCUUCGUAAGGCCAACGUCCAGAUUAACUUCCAGAGGAACGGCGCACCGGUCAGCGGGGGCACCGUCGACUUCACCACCGUGCGCUCCGGGUUCCCUUGGGGUCUGCAGGACGUGGACUAUGGUGUCACGUACGAUGCUUACCAGGCCAACUUCGUGACCAACAUUUUCCGCUCCUCUGUCGUGUCCCAGGGCAACGCUGGUUGGCCUGCGACCGAGUCAGGUGACAACAUCUAUGACUACGGCCUCAUUCUGAACUUCAUCCGGUGGGCCCAGGGCCUGGGUCUCCCAAUCAUUGGACCCCAGGUCACGUGGGACGACUUAGAGAACGGGAUCCCCCAGUGGGUCCAGAGCAGCAUUGCUGCUACCCAGGCAAACGGGGGUGAUGCGGUCAGCCUGCUGGACUAUUACAUCAGCCAGCGGUCCACCCGCGCCAUGAACACUGGCGGCGGCAGCUACACUGCGGUGACCGUCGACAACGAGGGUAUCCAUAAGACGUACAUCCCGAACGUGGGCGGAGGCAUUGACAGCAUCACCAAAAACUUCAUCGCCACCAGGAGCGCCGACAACGCGGCCGGCCACAACACGCCGAUCAUCUACAACGAGUACAACGUGGGAGAGGGCUGCUACUACAACUUCCCCCUUGAUGCGUACGGCGACCCCGUGAGCCCCGAGGUGUUGGCGGAGCGCAUCAACUAUCUGAACUCGCGCGGGCAGGGCCAGCUGGUGAACAUCGCCGGGCUGCAGUUCCAGGUGACGCCCAACCAGCGGGAGGACCAGCGCAUGAGCAUCGCCGUGUCCAAGGUCGCGGAGGCGACGGGGCUGCCGGUCCACAUCACCGAACUUAACGUCAACGUGGGCAACAGCUUCGUGGGGAACUACAAUUUCGACCGAAACCUGCAGGCCGACAUCCUGGAGAGCACGCUCCGCCAGCUCUUCUCCAACCCCCACGUGACGACCAUCCUGUUCCAGCACGUCAUCCCGUACCCGUACGGCGGCGACAAUGACGCGGUCUGCGGGCCGUGCCUGUUCACCAGCCCCCAGGCGGGCUACCAGCCCAACGCCGCGGGGCAGCGCUACCUGGCGCUCAGGGACGAGUGGUCGACAAACGUCGUCAACUACAGCUUCAACGGGGGCAGCGCAGGGUUCCGCGCCUUCCUCGGCACAUACGCCGUCACUUACACCGACCCGAGCGGCAACAAGAGCCCCACGCAGUACAUCACAGUGAACCCGGACGCAUUCCCGGGCGCGACCCAGUUCGUCACUCUGGACGUCUGAUCUGCUUUCAGUCGGUCUGUCAAUUUUUAGCACCGCAAGAGAAGUCGCUUGCGGGCAAUGACACGUGUUGAUCGCUGCGGGACUGUAGAGUAUUUGGCAAAGAUGGAACCAGUUUCCGAAGGGUAGCUCUGAUGAUUGGCAAUGACGGUCGUUUACGAGCAGCCCCGCAGCCAGGCUAUUUAUUGUGUCGUUUUUGGUGAAGAGGAUGUUCAGACGUCGCAAGCUAUAAUGGAGUCCUCCAGUGUUUUCGCUGACAAUUUAGCGCUGGCCUUGACUGGCCCAUUGCUUGACGGUUGAUUCGAAACUUGUUUAUGUACGUUCAGUUGACACAAGACUUAGGCCCGUGCAUCUGCAGUAGAGCUCUCGCUUAGAGGAACGCCCCCGCGACGGCCAGCAGAACCUACGCAAAAUUAGUGGGAUCUUGCUGGAGCACACGCAGGAUCCGCUCCACCUAGCCUAGGUCCACGUCGUCUAGAAGCGUUUGCACAGCAUAGACUGACUCACUGAAAGUGAAUUCUGACGUACAGUCGAUUGGUUGCAAGCUCUGCUACUGAAGAGGUCGCCGUUCGGUUGUUUGCACAUGUCCAGCAAGUAAAUUCUCAAGAUGCCUUAAUUUGACAAGAGUACAGCUUAUGCC